GUCUGGAAGCAGCCAGACGGUGAGGCCACAGAUAUAAAGCUGCUGGUGUGAGAGCAGAGAGAGCAACAGAAAGAGAUCAGAGCGCAGCAGAAGAUCCAGAGAGGAAGAAGAAGAUCACUCCUCUUCACAGCACCGAGCAGCAACACUCAGCUAGACAAACUCAAAGCCGUCGAGAUGUCUGCAGCUAAAGGCGUAGCGAUCGGCAUCGACCUGGGCACCACCUACUCCUGUGUGGGGGUUUUCCAGCACGGGAAAGUAGAAAUCAUCGCCAACGACCAGGGCAACAGGACAACCCCCAGCUAUGUGGCCUUCACCGACACCGAGAGGCUCAUCGGGGACUCAGCCAAGAACCAGGUGGCUCUGAACCCCAGCAACACUGUGUUUGAUGCCAAGAGGCUGAUUGGAAGAAGGUUUGAUGAGCCAGUGGUGCAGGCGGACAUGAAGCACUGGCCCUUCCAGGUGAUUUCAGAUGGAGGGAAGCCCAAAAUCAGAGUGGAGUACAAAGGGGAGGACAAAGCCUUCAACCCUGAGGAGAUCUCCUCCAUGGUCCUGGUGAAGAUGAAGGAGAUCGCAGAGGCCUACCUGGGCCACAAGGUGUCCAACGCUGUUAUCACAGUCCCGGCGUACUUCAACGACUCCCAGCGACAGGCCACUAAAGACGCAGGCGUCAUCGCAGGACUCAAUGUCCUGAGGAUCAUCAACGAGCCCACGGCAGCUGCUAUCGCCUACGGUCUGGACAAAGGCAAGUCAGGAGAGAGAAACGUCCUGAUCUUUGACCUGGGCGGAGGCACCUUCGACGUGUCCAUCCUCACCAUCGAAGACGGCAUCUUUGAGGUGAAGGCCACGGCCGGAGACACUCACCUGGGCGGAGAAGACUUUGACAACCGCAUGGUGAACCACUUUGUGGAGGAGUUCAAGAGGAAGCACAAGAAGGACAUCAGCCAGAACAAGAGAGCCUUGAGGAGGCUGCGCACAGCUUGUGAGAGGGCCAAGAGGACCCUGUCCUCCAGCUCCCAGGCCAGCAUUGAGAUCGACUCUCUGUUUGAGGGCGUCGACUUCUACACCUCCAUCACCAGGGCUCGCUUUGAGGAGCUGUGCUCCGACCUGUUCAGGGGAACCUUGGAGCCGGUGGAGAAAUCCCUGAGGGACGCCAAGCUGGACAAGGGGCAGAUCCAUGACAUUGUCCUGGUAGGAGGCUCCACCCGAAUCCCCAAAAUCCAGAAGCUGCUGCAGGACUUCUUCAGUGGCCGGGAGCUGAACAAGAGCAUCAACCCGGAUGAGGCCGUGGCUUACGGCGCCGCCGUCCAGGCCGCCAUCCUCAUGGGCGACACCUCCAGCAACGUCCAGGACCUGCUGCUGCUGGACGUGGCGCCUCUGUCCCUGGGUAUCGAGACGGCCGGAGGGGUCAUGACGGCCCUGAUCAAACGCAACACCACCAUCCCCACCAAGCAGACGCAGACCUUCACCACCUACUCCGACAACCAGCCCGGCGUCCUGAUCCAGGUCUAUGAAGGAGAGAGAGCCAUGACCAAGGACAACAACCUGCUGGGCAAGUUUGAUCUGACGGGAAUCCCACCCACCCCACGAGGGGUCCCGCAGAUCGAGGUCACCUUCGACAUCGAUGCCAACGGCAUUUUGAACGUGUCGGCGGUGGACAAAAGCACCGGCAAAGAGAACAAGAUCACCAUCACCAACGAUAAGGGCCGACUGAGCAAAGAAGAGAUCGAGAGGAUGGUGCAGGACGCAGAGAAAUACAAAGCUGAGGACGACCUUCAGAGGGACAAAAUGGCCGCCAAGAACUCCCUGGAGUCCUACGCCUUCAACAUGAAGAGCAGCGUGCAGGACGACAACCUGAAGGGCAAAAUUAGCGAAGAGGACAAGAAGAAGGUGGUGGAGAAGUGUGACGAGACCAUCACGUGGCUGGAGAACAACCAGCUGGCUGAUAAAGAGGAGUACCAACACAAGCAGAAAGAGCUGGAGAAAGUGUGCAACCCCAUCAUCAGCAAGCUGUAUCAGGGAGGGAUGCCCACUGGAGCUACCUGUGGAGAGCAGGCACGAGCCGGCUCCCAGGGGCCCACUAUUGAGGAGGUGGACUAAAGAGGCCCUAAAGAUGGACUCUGAGCUCACAGGGACUGUUUUUCACUACUGAACUGAAACUUGAUGCUACCUUUUUGAUUUUGAUGUCCAUUUGAUCACUUUUUGUGUUUGCAAAAUUACUAAAAAUGUAAAUAUGUAUUUAAAUAUUUGUCUCAAUUAUGUUUAUAAUAAAAAUGAACUACAAAUAUAA